UUAGGGGCACAGGCAAAACCUCUCUGACUAUCAGCGCCCCGAGGUUGAGCUGGCGGAUCGCCGUAGCCUUUCCAAGCCGGGAAACAGUUUCUGAGAGGCCAGUUCUUCCAGGCUGCGAGCUCACUGCUGAUAUUUAGUUGCGCGCGACUCCCCCAACCACUAGCUUGCUUAGGAACAGAAGAUGCUAAGACCAAUAGGACCCUUGUUUCUAACCAUCAGGGGCCAGCAGGUGUCCCGGGCUCCGAAGGCUCCUCCUGGUCCCGAAAGAGUUAAGGCAUCAGGCCUUCUCUCGGCUAGUAGAGAGCGGAUUAGGAUUUCCUGGGACUGCCCAGCUAUCACUAUGGUUUAUUCUGUGUGUGUGUGCGCGCGCGUGCAUGUAUGCUCUUUCCCCUUUCUUCCCUCUUUGUAGUUUCCUAGGUUAUCCUUCUUUCUUCCUUUCUCCUGCCUCCCCCCCCCCCCAAACCCCCCCAGCCUGGGCCCUCUUUCUUUCUUCCUGUCUCGCCUUCCUGUGGCGAAGGAGGCUCAUCCAUUAUAAAUGCACAUACUGUACUGACAUCACCGCCGCUGCCAGAGCGAGCUGCGAGGACAGCUUAAUCAGAUUCCGAGGGGUGGUCCCUUCCCCCUCCCCCUCUCCUUCUCCUCCCCCGCUCUCCCUCCUCCCCCCUCCCCCAUCUUCCUCCCUCCCUCUCUGGCUCCGCUCCGCUCCCCUCCACUGUGCUCUGCGCUCUGAGCUCUCUGCCCGUAGCCACUGACACCACCGCGGAGCUCUCUGCGGGGCAGACACCGCCACAGCUCUACGCUCCUCUUCGCUCCGCUCGCUUCCUCAUUCGGGCCAACCUCCCGCAUCUGCGAGAGCGGCGGAGACAGGAGGGGGCGGAAAUCCAGAGCGAGCAGGAGCGCGCGAGGGAGAAGUGGGCUGCCCGUCCCCCAACCCGCUACCCCCUCCCUCUCUGCCACCCUUGGGCUUCGGGAAACCUUGGAGACUUCCCCCAGACUUUCUGCAUGACUGUCACAAAGAUGUCCUGGCGCCCGCAAUACCGAAGUUCGAAGUUCCGGAAUGUCUAUGGAAAGGUGGCCAACCGAGAGCACUGCUUUGAUGGGAUCCCCAUCACCAAGAACGUGCAUGACAACCACUUCUGUGCUGUCAACGCCAGGUUCCUUGCCAUCGUUACAGAGAGCGCAGGAGGCGGAUCCUUUCUUGUAAUCCCCCUGGAGCAGACAGGCAGGAUUGAGCCUAACUAUCCUAAAGUGUGUGGUCACCAGGGCAACGUGCUUGACAUCAAAUGGAAUCCCUUCAUUGACAACAUCAUUGCAUCCUGCUCAGAGGACACUUCAGUACGGAUAUGGGAAAUCCCCGAGGGUGGCUUGAAGCGGAACAUGACAGAGGCCAUCCUGGAACUCUAUGGACAUAGUCGGAGGGUGGGCCUUGUGGAGUGGCAUCCAACCACCAACAACAUCCUCUUCAGUGCUGGAUAUGACUACAAGGUUCUCAUCUGGAACCUGGAUAUUGGGGAGCCUGUGAAGAUGAUUGACUGUCACACAGAUGUGAUCCUCUGCAUGUCCUUCAACACGGAUGGCAGCCUGCUCUCCACCACCUGCAAAGACAAGAAGCUGAGAGUGAUUGAGCCCCGUUCCGGCCGAGUACUACAGGAGGCCAGUUGUAAGAAUCACAGAGUAAACCGGGUGGUAUUCCUUGGCAACAUGAAGAAGCUCCUCACCACAGGCGUUUCCAGAUGGAACACCAGGCAAAUUGCUCUCUGGGACCAGGAGGACCUAGCCAUGCCUCUCAUUGAAGAAGAGAUUGAUGGUCUUUCUGGACUCCUGUUUCCCUUCUAUGAUGCUGACACACACAUGCUGUAUUUGGCAGGAAAGGGGGAUGGGAACAUCAGAUACUACGAGAUUGGGUCAGAGAAGCCAUAUCUGAGUUACCUCAUGGAGUUUCGCUCCCCAGCCCCACAGAAAGGCCUGGGGGUGAUGCCCAAGCAUGGCCUGGAUGUAUCAGCUUGUGAAGUGUUCCGGUUCUACAAGUUGGUGACCCUGAAGGGCCUGAUUGAACCCAUCUCAAUGAUUGUGCCUCGGAGGUCAGAAUCUUACCAGGAAGACAUUUAUCCCAUGACCCCAGGAACGGAGCCAGCUCUGACCCCUGAUGAAUGGCUGGGAGGCAUCAAUCGAGAUCCAGUGCUGAUGUCUUUAAAAGAAGGCUAUAAGAAAUCUCCCAAAGUGGUGUUCAAGGCCCCAAUCAAAGAAAAGAAGAGUGUUGUGGUCAACGGAAUAGAUUUAUUAGAAAAUGUCCCACCCAGGACAGAAAAUGAGCUCCUCCGAAUGUUCUUCCGACAGCAGGACGAGAUUCGGAGAUUGAAAGACGAGCUCUCCCAGAAAGACAUCCGCAUUCGGCAGCUGCAGCUGGAACUCAAAAACUUACGGAACAACCCCAAGAACAAUUAGCUCCCCAAAGGCUCGUUUUCUAAAUAAACUCUCUGUUUAUACUUGC